AUGAGUGAAGAUAUUAAUAAGGAGCUGCUAUCAUCUGUGGUUUCAACUGUAAGGGCAGCCAGUUCUUUAGCUGCACAGGAUGUGGACUUUUACCGUAAUCUGGAUAAAGAAAUUUCAACAUCGUUAAAUGAAAGUUCUAAGGAGAUUACAAAUAUGAUAAACACCUUGCUAUUAUCCAUUAAUGAAAACAAUGAAGAAUUAGAAAGUGGAAAGGAAGGUCUUGAACAAUAUUGGAAAGAUUUUAGUAAUGUUAUGGAUAAUUUAUUUGAAAAAUCAGACCGUUCCUUGGAUAUCAUCACAAGAAGUAAAACUUCAAAUGAUAAUAAAUCAGAAUUCCAAUACUUAUCAGAUUCAGCACAAUCGGAUUCGAAUCCUUCAAAACGUGUUACAAAGCCCCAGUUACAAUUUUCAAGACCAGUUGAUAAUUCUGAAUCCAAACCCUUCAUGCCACUAUUAAAUGACAAACCACAUUCCAUUAAAAGUUUUACCGAUAGUUUAAUUAUUAUUCCAGAAUCCGAAGAGUUGCCUAGUCAUUAUGCUCAUCCAUAUGAGGUAGAAAUUGAUAAACAAGAAUACAAUGCAUCAGUUUUACAGGUGGCAGAACCACUAAAGUCUCAACCAUGGAACUCUGAAUCUACUUGGGUUGAUACUUCGGAAGCUCUACAAUCCAUGUUAGAUAAGCUGAAGGAGUGUACUGAAAUAGCUGUAGAUUUAGAACAUCAUGAUUAUCGAAGCUAUUACGGUAUUGUGUGCUUAAUGCAAAUUAGUACUAGAAAGGAAGACUUUUUGGUCGACACAUUGGCUCUUCGUGAUGAGCUCCACAUCUUAAAUGAAGUUUUUGCCGAUCCAAAUAUUUUAAAGGUCCUUCAUGGUGCAUUUAUGGAUAUAAUAUGGCUACAGAGAGAUCUGGGGUUGUAUGUAGUAAGUUUAUUUGAUACUUACCAUGCAUCGAGAGCUUUAGGGUUUCCAAGACAUAGUUUGGCAUAUUUAUUAGAAAAAUAUGCUAAUUUUAAGACCUCCAAGAAAUACCAAUUGGCAGAUUGGAGGGUGAGACCGUUGUCAAAGCCUAUGCAUGCUUAUGCUCGAGCUGACACACAUUUCUUGCUAAAUAUUUAUGAUCAAAUAAGAAAUCAGUUAAUAAGGGAGAAUAAGUUGGCCGAAGUCUUGUUCGAAUCAAGAAAUGUAGCUAAAAGACGUUUCGAGUACUCCAGAUUCAGACCUAAAGUACCAUCACCUGCUGUGUUUACACCAAUUGAAAAAGAAGAGCCUUGGAGGACGUUAGUUUAUCAAUACAAUGUUCCUUCUACAAAAAUAGAGCUACUCAAGAGGAUUUGGGAGUGGAGAGAUAUGAUAGCAAGGAGAGAUGAUGAAUCUCCAAGAUAUAUCAUGCCUAAUCAACUGAUGAUAUCUUUAGUUGAGUAUACUCCGAUCGAUCCAGCCGGUGUUAUAUCAGUCAGUAAUGUUAUGACUGAUCAUGUUAGAUCUAAUUCCAAAGUUAUAGCGAACUUAAUCAAAAAAAGCUUAGAAGAUAUGAAAAGUGUUCCAGCAGGAGCCCUCACUGCAUUUCAAAAUAUUGACUACAAAAUUGGCCAAAAGUUUGCAUCUGAUAAAUUGACUAUUUCUCAAAUUCAGAAUAUGACUGCUUUGUUUAAGGAAAUUGCCUCAAACCCAAGCAUAAUUGAAAAGGAUGUAUCUAAAAAGAUUGACCCAAUUUUAUUUAGCAACAUCUUCCUUUCAAAAAAUGAGAUAGUUUUAUAUGAUCAUGAUAAAAGGCAUGUUGUUACCAAUGAGCAAUUGGCUGGCCGUGCGGAAGAAGUUGAAGGAUUCAUGAAUGAGGCUAAUAAUACCACCUUAGCGAUAAAUAUAGAAAGUUCAGCAGAAAUGCAUGUGGAAGAACCAGAGGCUAAAGAAAAGAAUGCUUUAUUUUCCCCACCUAUCAGCAAUGUAGAGAAUGCAUCUUCAUCAAAUACUGAUGGAUUCGAAGAUAUGAACGACAUCAUUGUUCUGAAAGAUGUCAAGAAGAGGACAAAUAUUAAGGAUCACAAGAAGAAGCAGGGCAUGCCAAAUAAAGAAGUUAUAGAUUAUAGUAAGCUUGAUACGAUUCUUUCUAAAGAAAAGAGAGAAAACUCAAAAAAAAGGAAAGGAGAUCCAUUUGGAGAAGAAAAUGGAUUGGAAGGACCAAAAGCUGCUAAGAAAAGAAAACAAAUCAACAGAGGAAAAAAUGUUUCAUUCAAAAGAUAA